AUGGCCUGGAAAACCAUUGAGCUGGCCGAGGAGAGCAAUAAGGUGGAGGAGCAAAAGAUGGCUACCGCCUUAGGUCGAUGGUUAUCAGAAUGCAACAAGGUUCUUGCGGAUGCCAGCAAACGGGACACUGAAGAGUGGUGUGAUUUCGCGCCUAAGGGCCGUCAAACAUGGUCUGACUUCCUUGCCAGAGAGCGUAUGCUAUAUCCUCAGCUUGAAGGUGUCGAGCUGAUUGGUACUGCGUGA